CAGAGAAGAAAGCACAUCGAGCACUGUUCUCUAUCAACUCACUGGUGAACGUUCUGGUGAAGCACAAAUUUGCAAUUUGAUCAACAUAAUGAGUGCCAGAGAGAAGGAGUCGUUCAAAGUGAAUCUUGAUCAGCUUCAAUGUCACUUCACAUGGAAUCCAAAGAAAAAAAACAUUGACUUGCAUGAUCUGAAACAAAGACUAGAAGAUUCAAUACAGACAAAUGUGAAACCUCAAGCCAGAUUGUACAACCAACUUGCUUUUAUAAAUUGUCUGCAAGGAAACUGUGAAAAGGCAAUUCAGAAUUUAAAGGAAGCUGAAAAGAUUCUAAAGGAGAAUUAUAAAGAUGAAUUUGAAAAAAGAAUGAUCAUCACCUAUGGAAACUAUGCCUGGGUUUAUUAUCACAUGGAACGACUGGAAGAGGCUCAGUCCUACCUCGACAAGCUGGAGACGGUCUGUAAACUAUUUCCUGAAGCCUCCCAGUUUACAGCAAUGAUACCCGAGGUUUAUGGGGAGAAGGGUUGGUCACUGUUGAAAUCUGCUGGCCAAUAUUAUGAAGAGGCAAAGGAAUGUUUUAAAAAGGCUUUGGAGAAAGAUCCUGACAACAUUGAGUGGAACAUUGGUUAUGCUACUGUUCUGUCUCGCCUGGAAGCAUUUUCUGGGACCCCAGAGAGUCGAGAGCCCACUCAGUCAGUGAAACAAUUUAGGCGUGUGCUGGAGCUUGACCCUGAUCAUACUGAAGCCAUGGUGCUGUUAGCUUUAAAACUACAAGAGUUCAGUCAAGAGGAGGAAGCAUUCACAUUGGUGGAGAGAGCAUUGCAGAAGUCCCCUGAUCUCCCACAUGUGCUUCGAUAUGCUGCCAAGUUUUACAGAAACAAUGGAGAUGUUGAAAAAGCUUUGAAAGUGUUGAAGACAGCAAUGGAAAUUACUCCAAACUCCACCUUCUUGCACCAUCAAAUCGGCCUGUGCUACAGAAAGAAACUAAUGUCACUGCUCAAAAAUCCACUCAGUAGAAAUCCCCUUGAUCCUGCUUUUCAACAGAAAACUGAAUUGAUCAAACUUUGCAAGUCUCAUUUUAAAAAGGCAUUUGAGCAUCGGCCCUUAACCUUUAUUAAGGCACAACUGGAUUUUGCAGGAAUAUGUUCAAUAAAUGAAGAGUAUCCUGAAGCAGAGAAGAUCUACACCAAUCUCCUGAAACUGAAAGAUAUCCGUCCCGAGAAUAGGCAAGCAAUAUGUUUACAGGCUGGAUUAUUUCAACUGUAUCAGAAAAGAACAGAAUCAAAAGCCAUCGCCCAUUUUCUGGAAGGAAUGAAAGUUGAUUAUAAUUCAGUGGAAAGAAAAAAGUGCCGUGAAAAUUUGGAGAGGAUCGCAACAAGACGACUUCACAGGAACACACGAGAUAGUCAGGCUCUGGGUGUUCUUGGCUUCCUGCAUCAACUGGAUGGGAAGAAACGCAAAGCCAUUGAAUACUUUGAAAAGGCCUUGGAAUUUGAUCAAGGCAAUGAAGAAUAUCUCAGUGCUCUUUGUGAAUUACGCCUUUCCAUCUAGCUCAGCAUUGAAUUUCCCAGCUAAAACAUAGCCCAAAGAUGAAUUAAUACUCUCGAAACUAUAAUCAGCUAUUACCUGGUAUCCACUUCAUAGGUUCAGUUAGAUAUUUUUCAAUUGAUCAUAUUAUUCAUGUGUCCAAUUUUCAGAUGGGUAAUUAUAUUGUAAUUAUUCCAAAUCUCGAUGCUUCGUCAAGAAUUUUGUCCUCACUGGCAAUGAACCAUUAGUUUCUGAUGCCCAAGAUUUUUUGUUGUGAGUAGAAGGAAACAAAAUGCAUUUGCAUUUUUUGGGAUUUGCAUUAAUUGAUUCAAUUGGACAGAGAUGAAAAGAAAGAGAUUUCGAUCCAAUUACAAACAUUUCUUGAGCCUGAUUUAAACUCCAGAUUGGUUUCAGAUGUGUGGUGAAGGAGUUUCAAAACUGACCUUUCGCUGCUGAUGUCUGUCUGAGAGUAUUUUAAAUUCCAAACUGCUGGCAAGCAAUGUUCAGGUUGGUGUUUUGCAGGAGAUUCUGCAUGGGAUGCAAAAGGAAUAUAUGGACAACCAGUGUGUGGAAGUCCCCAAGUUAUCAUUUUGCUGCCCGGUGGGGAAAUUUAUGUCCAAAGUAAAGUUAACAUUUUUCUUUGUUUCUCUCCAGAGUUCCCUCGUGGACUCUACCAAAAGCUGCCCCAGAAAACCACUUGGUAGACCUUCCACAAAUUCCUUUCGUUGGAAUCCAUGAACAACCCGGUUUUCGCUGACCACCUGUACAUCGAGUACCCCUUGAUUGUUAGAAUAGUGCCCUCCUGACAUGCUUCUUCUAUCUCCCAAUUUAUUUUAUUCCCAAACUCUGACUAUUGCUAGGUGGCCUGAACAUAACACCCAUCAGCAUCCUUUUUCCCUUUGCGGUUCCCCUGCUGUACCCACACGGAUUCUAUACCUUCCGACUCUAUAUCACUCCUUGCUCUCGAUUUAAUUUCAUUUCUUACUGAAAAGGCAACCCCAUCUGCUCUGCCCAUCAGCGUGUUCUUUCAAGAGAGCCGAGAUCUUUGAAUGUUUCAUUUCCAGCCCUGAUCCCCUUAGAGCCACAUUUCUGUGAUACCCACAGCAUCGUUCUAUUUUCAACUUGCAUUACAAGCUCAUUUACAAUGUUUUGUGUGCUGUGUGCAGUUGAGUAGAACACUCUCAAUCCUGCAAUGACUGCCCCAUUAUCAUAAUUGUCCCUUUGAAUUGUUGCUUGAAGUUAGAUUCCUGACCUUUUCCAUGCUUUGGCCUAGUACUUAUUCCGGAAACUUUAAUAGCCUCUGCUGAACCAUUACCCUUUAACUUUUACCAUAAUUUUCCAAGCAACAGAGCCCAACCCCCCACUACUUAAUAUAAAAUCCUAUCCACAGCCCUGGAUGUGCACGGUGAAAGAAUUCUGGGCCCAGCAUGGUUCACAGCCCAGCCCAUCGAUAGAACUCCCUCCUUCUCCAGGACUGGGGCCAAUGUUCAAUGAAUUCAAACCUGUCUCUCCCACACCAAUCACGUGUUUAUCUCUUUGUAUUGUUGACCCUGUGCCAAUUUGCUCGUGGCUCAGAGCUUGUUAACUUUUCGGUUCUGCUUUUUAAUUUCACCCCUAGCUACUCAUAUUCCCUCAGCAGAACCUCUUUCAUCUUUCCACCUAUGUCGUUGGUACCUACAUGGGACAUGACAAUGGGAUCUAUCGCAUCCCACUUCAAGUUUCUCUGCAGAGGAGAUAUCCUGAACGGGCAAUCCUAUCCUGUCAGGCAAUACAACAUCUGGCACUGUUGAUAACACAGUGUGGAGCUGGAGGAACAUAUCAGGCAACGCAGCGUCAGAGAGACAGGAAGGUUGAGGUUUCGGGUCAGGACCCUUCUUUCCUGUUCCUCUCAUGCUGCCUGGCCUGCUGUGUUAUAGUGUGUUAUCUCUGAUUCCAACAUCGGCACUUCUUACUAUCUAUGGGACUGUUGAUCCUGUUUAUUCAUAGAACAUAGAACAUUGAACAAUACAGCACAGAACAGGCCCUUCAGCCCUUGAUGUUGCGCCGAUCUGUGAAUUAAUCUAAGCCCAUCCCCCUAAACAAUCCCAUCAUUAUCCAUAUGCUUAUCCAAGGACUGUUUAAAUGUCCCUAAUGUGGCCGAGUUAGCUACAUUGGCAGGCAGGGCAUUCUACACCUUUACCAUUCUCUGAGUAAAGAAUCUGUCUUAAAUCUAUCACCCCUCAAUUUGCAGCUAUGCCCCCUCGUACAAGCCGGCGUCAUCAGCCUCGGAAAAAGACUCUCAAUGACCACCCUAUCUAAUCCUCUGAUCAUCUUCUAUUUCUCUAUUAAAUCACCUGUCAGCCUUCUUCCCUCCAAUGAGAAAAGUCCCAAGUCCCUCAGCCUCUCUUCAUAAGACCUUUGCUCCAUACCAGGCAACAUCCUGGUAAAUUUCCUCUGUACCUUUUCCAAUGCUUCCACAUCCUUCCUGUAAUGGGGCGACCAGAACUGCACGCAAUAUUCCAAAUGAGGCCACACUAGUGUUUUGUACAGUUGCAGCAUGACAUCACAGCUCCAGAACUCAAUCCCUCUACCAAUAAAACCUAACACACCGUAAGCUUUCUUAACAGCACUAUCAAACUGGGUGACUUCUUUCAGGGAUCUAUGUACAUGGACACCAAGAUCCCUCCGCACAUCCACGUUACCAAGAGUCUUUCCAUUGACCCAGUAUUCUGCCUUCCUAUUAUUCUUCCCAAACUGAAUCACAUCACAUUUAUCUGCAUUGAACUCCAUUUGCCACCUUCCAGCCCAAUUCUGCAGUUUGUCCAAGUCUCCCUGCAACCUGCAACAUUCUUCCACACUGUCCACCACUCCAUCAACUUUAGUGUCAUCUGCAAACUUACUAACCCAUCCACCUAUUCCUGCGUCCAAGUCAUUUUUAAAAAUGACAAACAACAGUGGCCCCAAAACAGAUCAAUGAGGCACACCACUAGUAACCGGACUCCAGGCUGAAUAUUUUCCAUCAACCACCACUCAUUGCCUUCUGACAGAAAGCCAGUUUCAAAUCCAAACUGCUAAAUCUCCAUCAAUCCCAUGCCUCCGCAUUUUCUCCAACAGCCUACCAUGUGGAACCUUAUCAAAGGCUGUACUGAAGUCCACGUACACCAUGUCAACUGCCCUACUUUUGUUUACAUGCUUGGUCACCUUCUCAAAAAACUCAAUGAGGUUUGUGAGACACGACCUGCCCUUGAAUCCAUGCUGACUAUCUCCAAUCAAAUUGUUGCUUGCUAGAUGAUUAUAAAUCCUAUCUCUUUUAAUCCUUUCCAAAACUUUUCCUACAACAGAUGUAAGGCUCCCUGACUGUACUAUCCCUGAUUAGAACUGCAUUUCUCUUCUCUCCACAAUUGAAUGUUUCCCUGUACCAUGGUGCUAAGAUCAGUUUGCUCAUCCUCCUUACACCACUCUCAUCCGUGCAGGGAGCAAGAAGUCAAACCUGUUAGACAAGCUCAAGGGCUAAGGCUCCUUCAGCACCGCACCCUGGUUCAUUCUACCUGCCUCGCUUGUAGUCACUCUCCUGUGCCCAUUCACUGACCAAUUUCAAGGGAGUUAAUCUAAAAGAUGUGACUGCCUCCUGAAACACGGCACCCAGGCGACUCUCCCCCUCCUUGCAAUGUCACAGUGUUUGAAGCUCAGACUCCAGCGCAUCAACUCUGGGCCACAGUUCCCCAAACAACCAACACUUGCUACAGAUAUUGUUACUAAGGUUUUGGAGAUGAUUUGUAGCUCGGUUUGUGGAUGUUGUGGUUAGUUCGGCCGCUGAGCUGGUUCAUUGCUGUUCCGCAGACAUUUUGUUUCCCUGCUGAGUAACAUCAUCAGUGCAGCCUCCGCUGAAGCGCAAUUGUGUUUUCUUGCCUUACAUCAGGAACACAUUGAAACUAACCACAAGACUCCUAUGACCGAUGGGCAUCAGAGUAGCACACAAACAGACAUCAACCCUACAACAACUGCUCACCCGAAACAAAGACUCACAACCCACUCUGGACAGGACCAAUGCCAUAUACAAGAUUCCCUGCAGAGACUGUGACAAACACUACAUUGGACAAACAGUUAGGAAAUUAAAUACAAGAGUACAUGAACAUCAACUGGCUACAAAAAGACAUGACCAUAGAACAUAGAACAUCGAACAAUACAGCACAGAACAGGCCCUUCGGCCCUCGAUGUUGUGCCAACCUGCGAACAAAUCUAAGCCCAUCCCCCUACACUAUCCCAUCAUCAUCCAGAUGCUUAUCCAAGGACUGUUUCAAUGCCCCUAAUGUGGCUGAGUUAACUACAUGGUAUGCAGGCUCACUUAUCUCUAUCCACAUGGAUAAGGAGAAAUACCAAUUCGAUUGGGACAACUCCAAGAUCCUGGGAUGAGAAAAGCAGAGACAGGUAUGGGAGUUCCUAGGAACCUGGUACUCCAUGAAGAAAGCCAUCAAUAAACACAUAGAACUCAACCCCAUUUGUACUCCAUUGCGAAGGAAAUUCAGAAGUGAGGUAAUCCACCCCACGGACUCCAGAGUUUAAAAACGUUUCGGGAAAACACAACGGCGCUUCAUCAGAGGCUGCACUGAGGAUGUUACCCGGCAGGGUAAUGAAACAUUUGUGGAACAACAACGAUCCAGCUCAGUGAACCAACCAACUAAAAGAUGUGGUUACUACGAACCACAAUGAAGGUCACCAGCUCCAACGUCAUGCAGUUACAAUACAUCACCUGGCCCUGCGUAGUGGCGGAUUAGCAAUGAUAUCUUCAAAUCAGAUCCUUAAGGGUUUAUUAUUGAAGGUUGAUCAGACAUGACAAUGAGCAACUGAAGACAAGUGGAGAGUUAGUGGUCGUUUUGGUUGUUGGAGAACUAUGUGACAUGACCAUUCAGAGGAUGGUUGUCUGGGAAAGUAGUGAAAGCACACAGAACAGUAUCAAUAUCAGGGACUCUGCAGCACUCAAUGUCCCUCAGACCGAGAUUGCAAACGGUGCCAGGAAACCCGAGUUCUCCACACUAUCCAUUCUAAAGUGGGGUCACCAAAGGGCAGAAGGCAACAAGACUUCAAGUUCUGAGGAAAGGUCAGCAGACCCGAAACGUUAACUCUGUCUUUCCCUUCAUCGAUCCUGUCCCAUCUGCUGAGUUUUUCCAGCAACUUUGUUUUUGUUCCUGAUUUACAGCAUCUGCAGUUCUUUCAUUUUUUAUGUUUUUGUUUAAACAAUGAGACUCGUUGUUCAAUAUCUUGAAUAUGCCUAAGAUAGCUAUUCCUCAUGACUCACUUUACCUUUAAUGGCCAGAAUAAUGAACAAAUCAACGGGUUACCUGUGGGGUCACCAUCUCUAGCAGAAGAACUGAUGCAGAGACUUGAACACAUGGCCCUUUUGCAGAUCCAACCCAAACUAUGGAUCCGAUACAUGGGCAACACUUCCGUCAUCAUCAAAAGAAUUAAACCAAAAGAAUUACACCAACUUAUAACACCAUUUUCACCGGCAUCAAAUUCAAGAGAAGAAGAAAAGAACAAACAACUGCCACCCAUGGACGUGAUGAUAGAACGCAGGGCCAACAGGGAAUGGAAUUUCUGGCCAAAUUAUACACUGAGGCCAUACACACGGAUCAAGUCCUAAAUUUCAACAGUAACCACCCUAAUACCCAUAAAUGGAGUUGCAUGAAAGCACUGUUCAAACGAGCCACAACACAGGAAUUUCUAGAGGUUUGGUUCUCCACCAAGAAGGCCAUCAAUAAACACAUAGAAUUAGCCUCCAGAUACAUACCACUACAAAGAAAAACCAGAAAUGAGGUAAUCACCUCCAAUGGACCCCAGAGCUUAAAAACCAGGCGGGAAAUCUCAAUGGCGCUUCGUUGGAAUCUGCACUGAUGUUGUUACCGAGCAGGGUAAUGGAACGUUUGCAAACUGAUGAACCAGCUCGAUGAGCCAACCAACCACAGCAUCCACAACCCGAGUGACAGAUCUACUCGACAACAUUACGUCUAAGAUAGUUUAAUAGAUCCACUCAUUAGUUUGCGUAUAUUUCUAAUCUACCUAAGGUAGAUUGCACAUCAUUAAUGUAUCUUUAAAACUUAGUAUAUAUUUGUUGCUUAAUAUAUCUAUAUAUUUACUGAAAAACGUGUGCUUUAU